GCGUUGGUUGCUCUCGCUCCCGUCUCGUCUCGCCUCGCCUCCUCUCCUCGCGCGUUCGCCCGCCGUCUCCGCCGAUCCUCCGCCGUCCUGCUGCAUCCUCGCCGGCUAAGCUGCUCCCGUCGUAGAUAGAUUAGGCACCCUUCAAUGCAUCGUGUUGGGAGUGCUGGUAACACGGCAGGUUCAAGUCGGCCGAGGAAGGAGAAGCGCUUUACGUAUGUGCUCAAUGACGCUGAUAACAAAAAGCAUUGUGCUGGGAUCAACUGCUUGUCAUACCUAAAAGCAUCUACUUCUGGCACAAGUGAUUAUCUUUUUACUGGGAGUCGGGAUGGUACCUUGAAGAGAUGGGAGUCAAAAAAUGGAGUUCCAAGCUUCUCGGCGACUUUUGAGUCACAUGUUGACUGGGUUAAUGAUGCCAUUGUUGUUGGCCAAAAUCUUGUUUCCUGUUCCUCAGAUACCACUCUAAAGGUUUGGAAUUCUUUGUCAGAUGGUGCUUGCACCAGGACUCUCCGGCAGCAUUCUGAUUACGUGACCUGUCUUGCUGCAGCUGAAAAUAAUAGUAAUAUUUGUGCCUCUGGUGGCCUUGGUGGUGAGGUCUUUAUAUGGGACCUUGAUUCUGCUCUUGCUCCUGUGGCCAAAUCUGUAGAUGCAAAAGAGGACGAAACUCCUAAUGGAAACUGUGGGCCUGCUUUGACAACCUUGUGCAAUGUAAAUUCUAGCAGCAACCUUGCUUCCACCAAUGGUCAAUCACAUGGGUACAGUCCAAUUGCUGCCAAAGGUCAUAAAGAUUCAGUUUAUGCAUUGGCAAUGAAUGACACAGGAACCUUGCUUGUCUCUGGUGGUACUGAAAAGGUUGUUCGGCUUUGGGACUCCAGGACAGGUUCAAAAAAGGUGAAAUUGAGAGGGCACACUGACAAUAUCAGGGCUUUACUUAUUGACUCUACUGGCAGGUUCUGUCUUUCAGGCUCAUCUGAUUCAAUGAUAAGACUAUGGGAUCUGGGACAGCAGCGAUGUGUGCAUUCUUAUGCUGUGCAUACUGAUUCUGUUUGGGCACUUGCAAGCACUCCUUCGUUUACUCAUGUUUAUAGUGGCGGAAGAGAUCAGUCGGUAUACUUGACAGAUUUAGGCAACCGAGAGAGUGUCUUACUCUGCACAAAUGAGCACCCAGUCCUACAAUUGUCCUUGCAGGAUGAUAUGAUAUGGGUUGCCACAACUGAUUCUUCUGUGCAUGGAUGGGAAGCUGAAAGGGAGAAUCCAGAAAAUCUUUUCAAAAAAGGUGGUUCAUUCUUAGCUGGGAAUUUGUCAUUCUCCAGGGCAAGAGCUUCUUUAGAAGGAUCAGCACCUGUCCCUAUACACAAAGAACCAUCUUCCGUUAUGCCUGGCAUUCCAGCAAUAAUUCAGCAUGAGAUCCUGAAUAAUAGAAGGCAUGUACUGACAAAGGACACUGCUGGUUCAGUCAAAUUAUGGGAGAUUACUCGAGGAGCUGUUAUCGAAGACUUUGGCAAGGUUCCUUUUGAGGAUAAGAAAAAAGAGUUGUUUGAGAUGGUUAGUAUACCUGCCUGGUUUACCAUGGAUGCUCGAUUGGGAUGUCUGUCCGUCCACCUGGAUACACCUCAAUGCUUUUCUGCAGAGAUAUAUGCAGUUGACUUAAAUGUUGCUGGAGCACAGGAAGAUCUUAAGAUUAAUUUGGCCCAGGAGACUCUCCGUGGUUUGUUAGUUCAUUGGAGUAAAAGAAAGCAGAGAUCUGGUUCACAUGGCUUGUCGAAUGGUGACACUUCAACAGGAAAGGAUGUAUCCUUGAGAAAUUUGCCACAUCCAAGAUCUGAGGUUGAUGAUGGGGCUGAAAACCAUGCAAGUCAGAUGCUUCCCUCAUUUGAAUUUUCUACAGUUUCACCUCCAUCAAUCAUCACAGAAGGUUCUAGUGGAGGGCCUUGGAGAAAGAGAAUUACAGAUUUGGAUGGAACUGAGAGUGAUAUCCCAUGGUGGAUUGUGGACUGUGUUGAGCACAAUCGAUUUCCAAAAGAGAAUACAAAGUGUGGAUUCUAUUUGCAUCCUGCUGAAGGGUCACCUGCUCCGAACAUAACACAAGGGAAACUUAGUGCUCCGCGGAUAUUGCGGAUUCACAAAGUUGCUAACUAUGUGGUUGAGAAACUUGAUAGACCACUGGACGGAAAUGCUGACAGCACAUUUGCAAUGGGAUUAACUUCUGGCCAAUCACAAUUUUCAGCGCUAGAUAGUUCAUCACGGCUUGGACUAAAGCCAUGGCAAAAAUCAAAACCGUCUGUAGAGAUAUUGUGUAACAGCCAGGUUUUGCUGCCUGAAAUGAGCUUGGCCACUGUGCGGGCUUAUGUCUGGAAGAAGCCUGAGGAUUUGAUUCUGAACUACAGAGUGGUUCAAUCAAGAUGAUUGCAACUUGGGAACGUUUGUUCACCCUAGCUCUGAGCGAAUCAGCAUGGGACAGGUCUUGUUGAAGAUGACCAUACGGCUUAGAGAGAAAACUACCAUCACGCUACAGACGGAAGCGUUUUGCCCUCGUGCCUCCUUGUUGAAACUGCAGAAAUCUGCUUCUCUGUAAAGUUCUCUGUGAAUCUUGAACUACAGCCAGGACUCUAGAGAGGCCGGAGGCGUCUCAUAGCACAGGUGUAAUGUUUGUUCUCUUCUGGAUACCAAGCUUGUAAAUUUAGGGAUUUGGGGGUGCUUAAAUAAACCUUAAAUGGGAUAUAGUUGCCCUUUUUUGGUGUUCACACACAAGAUUUGUAAACAAAGUCAUCAAACCGUGCAGCGAUUUGCUGUAUGAUCCUGAUCUUGGACUCU